AUGAACGAAGUUGCCAACGGUAAUAGCAACACAACUGGUUUAGAAAAUUCAACCUCGCGACAAAGUUGGAUUGGCUCAUUUUCCAAUGUUGUAUCUAGACGAUUAGUCAAAAAAACGCCUGAACGAAGUUCGGAACAAAAACAUUACAAAAGUUUAAGUAAUUUAAAAGCAGCUUUUAGUGAAUUCUACUUAAUGCUUGUUCUUUUACAAAAUUAUCAAGUUCUCAAUUUUACUGGUUUUCGUAAAAUAUUAAAAAAACACGAUAAAAUAUUUCAAACGACACGUGGUGAUGAAUGGCGGUAAGAUUUUACAGUUUUAUUUUUGAUUUUCUCAAAGGUUCUUUUUUUAUCAUUUUUAUACCAAGAUAAACGGUUAUCUUUUUCGCAACACAUAUAUUUAUCCUACUGUAUGAGUAUUUGUUACAGCAUGUCUUUUUCUAAAAUCUUUUUUCUUUUCAUAGCAUAUUGACCUGAUGAAGUCAAAGUUCAUUCAUGACAUAAAUAUUUCGAAGUCAACAAAAACGAUUCCAUUUGGAAGAUAUAUACCCCUGGCAAAAAUAAGUUUUCCUCUGUAUUUUGAGGAUAUUGUUACCAAAAGAACAUAUUUUUUAAAAAGUAACGACAUAUUCGGGAAGCCCGUGAAAUUUUACAUCUUUCUA